AUGUCUCUUCAGCUCGAUAUUGAUCCUUCAAAAGUUGAAGGAAAAGUUAAACAGGUUUUUAAUGAUUUAGGAAAUGUGACACCUCGUUCAAAUUAUCACCCACACCAUUAUUAUCGAACAAGUUGUAAUCCACAAUAUAAUUCACAAAAUCAACAUGAAACACAAUAUCAAAAGGUGGAACUUCAAAUUUGCCAACUUGGGACAUCUCUUAUUGAUGUUUCUCACAACAAACAAAAUGAUUUACAACAACAACAACAACAAGAACAACAACAACUACAACAACUACAACAAAAACUACAACAACUACAACAACAACAACUACCACAAUUGAAUGAACAACAACAACAACAACAACAACAACAACAACAACAACAACAACAACAACAACAACAACAACAACAACAACAACAACAACAACAACAACAACAACAACAACAACAACAACAACAACAACAACAACAACAACAAUUACUACCACAAAUGUAUGAACAACAACAACAAUUACUACCACAAAUGUAUGAACAACAACAACAAUCACUACCACAAAUGUAUGAACAACAACAACUACAACAACAACUACAACAAAUACAACAACAACUACAACAAAUACAACAACAACAACUACAACAACAACUACAACAAAUACAACAACAACAAUCACUGCCACAAAUGUAUGAACAACAACAACAAUUACUACCACAAAUCUAUGAGCAACAACAAUCACUACAACAUAUGUAUGAUCAACAACAAAAACAACAGCAACAAUCACUACAAAUGAAUGAUCAACAACAAUCACUACCAUAUAUGUAUGAUCAACAACAAUCACUGCAACAAAUGAAUGAUCAACAGCAAUCACUACCACAUAUGUAUGAUCAACAACAGCAGCAACAACAACAACAACAACCACUACCACAAAUGGAUGAACAACAAUCACUACCACUAAUGUAUGAACAACAACAACAUCAUCAGCAACAACAACAACAACAACAACAACAACAACAACAACAACAACAACAACAACAACAACAACAAGAACAAGAACAAGAACAAGAACAAGAACAAGACCAAGAACAACAACAACAACAACAACAACAACAACAACAACAACAACAAGAACAAGAACAAAAACAACAACAACAACAACAAGAACAAAAAAAAAAAAAACAACGAAAUGGAAAAAGAAAUGAUAAAAAGAAUUUAGAAAAAUCAAUAGUAAAAAGGGCAAAAGGAGACGUAAAACAUAUGGAACAAUCAUUUUUAGAUCUCUUUGAAUCAAUUGAUUAUCCCCUGUCAAUAAGACAUGAAUUAGAAAUAGUACCUAAAAUAAAUAGUACUAAUUCAAAUCAAAUGAUAAGGGUUGUAAAUAACAAGUUAGUGGUAUUCCCAAACAAAGCUUAUAAUAGUCAAACUUUGAGAGUUUAUUUUCAAAGCACUUUAGAUUUAGAAAUGUAUGAUUUGAAUGUAGAGCCAGGUGAUGGAUUUACUGUUAAAGUUGGACCUUUAAAUCGAUUUUCAGAUAUUUAUUAUACUGAAAUAAAAGUAAGUGGGAUAAUGAACGGACGAGAUUUAAUAUUUACUUUUCAAUUUCAACCAAAACCAAACCAAAAUGGGCUAAAACAUACAAUUAUUGCACCGCCAAUUAAAACUUUUACAAAAGCUGAACAUUUUACUCCACCAGAUUGGUGUAUGUUGAUUAAUAAAAAAAAUAUGUCAAAAGAUAAUUUAAAAAAAUAUCAAGGGAAGUCAUAUUAUAAAAUUACAGUGUUGGUUGAUUUUGUUAAGAUUCCAAAAAACACCAAGGAUCCCAAUAACGAUCAACGUAAAUUAUUAGCUAUAAACUUAAAAGGUACAAAAGAAGGUAAUAGUUUCACUAUUCAUCAAAUAAAAGGUGAUGAAAGGUCACCACCAAGCCUUCCAGGAAUGGAUUCAUAUAAAAGUGAUUUUCCACUUAGGGUUACAAAAAAAAGAUUCAUCGAAUUUUAUGUGGCCUUGGAAGAUGAUAAAUAUCAAAUAAAAGUUUUUUAUGAAAAUGCUCAAUCGCUUGAUAAAAGAUUAACAGGAACCCAACAAGAAAAAGAAAAUAUUCAAAAUGAAGAAAAUGAAAAAAUAAGCAAUAUCACUUAUUUCUGUUUAUUAGAAAUUAAUGAUUCAUAA